AUGAAGAAAACGAUGUUGAUAGCGCUAGCCAUAUUAGCCAUUCUGAAACAAGCAAUUGUGAUUAAUGGCGCAUCAGUACUAGGUAUAGAUUUUGGAAAUGAAUACAUCAAAGUAUCUAUUGUGUCUCCGGGGAAGGGGUUCAAUAUAUUGUUAAAUAAUCAAAGUAAAAGAAAAAUAACGAAUGCCAUAUCGUUCAGUAGUAAGGUGAGAACAUUUGAUGAAGAAGCCAAGAUAUAUAGCACAAAACAUCCACAUUUAACAAUUCACAAUAGUAAUAAUUUUUUAGCAUAUAAUAUAUUUGAUGCAUUAAAAAAUAAAGAGAAUUUUAAGAUAGAAAAUUACGAUGAAAAUAAUGAAGAAUUUUAUUCUGAUAUAAAUAAUUACGAAUUUCAUCAAGGGGAUGAUGCUACAAGUAAAUAUUUUGAUUAUGAUUAUGUUGUAGACCAUAACAGAGGAACCAUUAAUUUAAAAUUAAAAAAUGAUAUGGUUUUGUCUUCAGAAGAAAUCACAGCAAAUAUAUUAGGAUAUAUAAAAAAGCUGGCAUAUAAUCAUUUAAAUAUAGAUUAUAAAACGAAGAGAAGUAUAAAUGUACAUAUCGGUUGUGUAAUUUCCAUUCCUUGUAACUAUUCGCAAAGGAAGAAAGAAGCUUUGGUAAAUGCAUCCAAAAUAGCAGGAUUAGAAUUAUUAGGAUUAGUUAACGGAAUAACAGCUGCAGCUAUACAUAAUGUACAUGACUUGCCGUUAAAUACGACCAAAUUGACCAUGUAUUUAGAUGUAGGAAGUAAGAACAUUAAUGUUGGAAUUGCAACUAUUAGUAAUGUUGAAAAUGAUAAAGUUCGUACAAGGAGUGUUAAGGUAUAUGCAUGUGAAGUUAUAGAAAAUGUAUCAGGAAAUAAAAUAGAUGUCAUUUUAGCAGAAUAUCUGAGAAAAAAAUUUGAAGAAAAAUACAAUCUAUCCAUAUAUAAUGAUAAAAAAGCAAUGCGUAAAUUAGUUCUUGCAGCGAAUAAAGCAAAAUUACUUCUAAGUGCUAAAAAAUCAACAGAUAUAUUUAUCGAAAGUUUGUAUAAUAAUAAAAGUUUAGUAGAAAAUGUAACAAGGCAAGAAUUUGAAAAUAUAAUUGAAAAUGUUAUUAUGAAUUUUAAAGUUCCUAUUAAUAAUGCCCUUAAGAAAGCAUCAUUUGAAUUAAAAGACAUCGAAGCUUUAGAAUUAAUUGGAUCUGCAUGGAGAGUGCCCAAAGUACUAAAUGAAAUCACGAACUUUUUUCAUCCACUAAAUGUCGGUAUGCAUCUCAAUAGUGACGAAGCAGUGACAAUGGGUAAUCUAUACAUUGCUGCUUACAAUAGUGCAAAUUUUAGACUUAAAGAUUUAGUGUAUACGGAUAUUUUAUCCAAUGAAUAUCACAUACUAGUACUUAAUAAUGAUGAAAAUAAUGAGGUUGGGGAACAGAAAAGCCCAAAGGAAAUAAUUAGCUAUAAUUCUGAGUUCCCUGUUAAUAAAAGUGUAAUAUUAAAUUAUAGAGAAAAUUUAAAAUUUGCUAUUUUAGAAAAUGGGAAAACUAUGAUUGAAUGUUCUAUCAACCCAAUUGAUGAUGCUACAAUGAAGAAGUACAAACAUUUGAAUUCACCCAAAAUGAGCCUCAAGUUUCAUCUAGAUAAGUUCGGAAUUUUGAACAUACAGGAUGUGUUCUUGGUAUAUGAGGAACAGAAGGAGGAAGAAUCAGGAGAAGCAGCAGGAAAUGAUAAUGAAAAUAAAGAAUCAUCGAGUGAUGUAAAUGUAGGUAUAAACGAAGAUUCUAACACGAAAAAGAACUCCGAAGUGGAAGAAAAAAGUGAUGAUAAAAAGAAUGAAGGAGAACAAGGGGGAAAAAAGAAAGUGGUGAAACACACCAUCCAAAUGACGUAUCAAGUGAAAAACAUAAAACCUCUUGCUCUUACAAGUGAAGAAGUGAAUACAAAGAAGGACCUUUUGAAAAAGUUGGACGAUCACGAUAUCAACAUAUUUCUAAAAUCCGAGAAAAAAAAUAAACUGGAAUCCUUCAUAUACGAAUCUAGGGGAAAAAUGAAACAAGAAAUAUUCAAACAAGUAUGUAAAGAGGAUAUGAGAAAUGAUUAUUUAAGCAAAUUGGAAGAAUACGAGGAAUGGUUAUACACAGAAAAUGAUGAACCUCUAGAAAAUGUAAGUGAUAAAAUCAGAGAGUUGGAAGAUGUGUAUUUUCCAAUUAAAGAAAGAGCUGAGGAAUUACAGGUUAGAGAAAAAUUAAUUCAAGAAACUAAUGCAAAAAUAAAAGAAAUGAAAGAAAAACUACUUGAAUAUUCUGAAAAAAAACCAUGGGCUGAAGAAUCAAUUAAAGUGGUCAGAGAUUCUUUACAAAAAGGAGUAGACUGGUGGAAUGAUGCACAGGAACAACAAAAAAAAUUAGAUAAUUAUUCUACUCCAUUUUUUAAAGCUAAAGAAGUAGAACUCAAAUUUAAGACAAUCAAUUUACUAGUUAAAAAUUUAGAAAAAAUGAAAAAACCCACAGAAAAAAAAGGAACAGUGAAUGACAAUGACACUACUUCUAACACAGAAGGUAAAAAAAAUGAAGCAAACUCUGAACAAACAAAUAAUAAUCAAUCACAAAGUCAGGACAAUGGAGAUAAAGACGCUGAUCCUGCUUCUUCACAAGCGGAAAAUGGCGAACAGAAGGGAGAACCAGAUGUGAAAAAAAACGGAUCUUCAGGUGGUAACAAUCAGUCCCAGGAGCAGAAAGACGAAUUAUAA